CUGGUCCCCUGCUCAGUUUAGUCUCUCCGCUGCCCUCCGGUCGCAACUAGCCGACCUGGAUCAAUGCAUCGCCGCUCCCCGUCGGCUCCUCCGAAGCCAAUUGUUGCCCGGCCUAUCUACACGUGUGAUCCCUUGCCUCGCUGCGUUUGCUAUCGCGACCUGGAGAUAAACAUGUCGGUCGCGGGGGAUAUAAACCGGUCGGGCGGCCCCAGAGUUGUCCCCCGAUCAGCCAAGAAUCCUCUCUGCUUGUCACCAGAAAGCACGCGACCAUGAAGGGAACUGCUGCUUCUGCCCUGCUCGUCGCUCUCUCCGCGACGGCCGCCCAGGCCCGUCCGGUGGUCGAUGAGCGUUUCCCCUACACUGGGCCUGCCGUCCCGAUCGGCGACUGGGUUGAUCCCACCAUCAAUGGCAAUGGCAAAGGUUUCCCUCGUCUGGUUGAACCCCCGGCCGUCAAGCCGGCCACCGCCAAUCCCAGGAACAACGUCAAUGUGAUUUCCCUGUCCUACAUCCCCAAGGGCAUGCACAUUCACUACCAAACUCCCUUUGGUCUGGGCCAGCUGCCCGCUGUUCGCUGGGGUAAGGACCCUCGCAACUUGAACAGUACUGCGCAGGGGUAUUCCCACACAUAUGACCGCACCCCUUCCUGCUCCCAAGUCAAGGCGGUCACCCAGUGCAGUCAAUUCUUCCACGAGGUUAGCAUUGACGGUCUGGAGCCCGACACCACCUACUACUACCAGAUCCCCGCCGCCAAUGGCACCACCCAAUCGGAGGUCCUCAGCUUCAAGACUAGCCGUCCUGCCGGUCACCCGGGCUCGUUCAGCGUCGCUGUUUUGAAUGAUAUGGGAUACACCAAUGCUCAUGGCACACACAAGCAGCUGGUCAAGGCUGCCACUGAAGGAACUGCAUUCGCCUGGCACGGAGGUGACCUCAGUUACGCCGAUGACUGGUACUCUGGUAUUCUUGCUUGUGCCGAUGACUGGCCUGUCUGCUACAACGGCACCAGUUCGACUCUUCCCGGUGGUGGCCCUCUUCCAGAGGAGUACAAGAAGCCCUUGCCCGCGGGCGAAAUCCCCGACCAAGGUGGCCCGCAAGGUGGUGAUAUGAGCGUGCUGUAUGAGUCCAACUGGGAUCUCUGGCAACAGUGGCUCAACAACGUCACUCUGAAGAUUCCCUACAUGGUCUUGCCUGGUAACCACGAAGCCUCGUGCGCCGAGUUUGACGGUCCCCACAACAUCCUCACUGCUUAUCUGAACGACGACAUUGCCAAUGGCACUGCUCCCACUGAUAACUUGACCUACUACAGCUGCCCGCCUUCCCAGAGAAACUUUACCGCUUACCAGCACCGCUUCCGCAUGCCUGGUCCCGAGACCGGUGGUGUUGGUAACUUCUGGUACUCGUUCGACUACGGUCUUGCUCACUUUGUCUCCAUUGACGGCGAGACCGACUUCGCCAACAGCCCUGAGUGGAACUUUGCCGAGGAUGUGACCGGCAACGAGACCCUGCCCAGCGAAAGCGAGACCUUCAUCACCGACAGUGGCCCGUUCGGCAAUGUCAACGGCAGUGUCCACGAGACCAAGUCCUAUGAGCAGUGGCACUGGCUGCAGCAGGAUCUGGCCAAGGUCGAUCGCAGCAAGACCCCAUGGGUGAUAGUCAUGAGCCACCGUCCUAUGUACAGUUCUGCCUACUCCUCGUACCAGCUGCACGUGCGCGAGGCGUUCGAGGGUCUACUCCUCAAGUAUGGCGUUGACGCCUACCUUUCUGGCCACAUCCACUGGUACGAGCGUCUCUAUCCUCUGGGAGCCAACGGCACCAUCGAUACCGCCGCCAUCGUCAACAACAACACGUACUAUGCCCACAACGGCAAGUCCAUCACUCAUAUCAUCAACGGCAUGGCUGGCAACAUUGAGAGUCACAGCGAAUUCAGCGACGGCGAGGGUCUGACCAACAUCACUGCCCUGCUGGACAAGGUCCACUAUGGCUUCAGCAAGCUGACCAUCUUCAAUGAAACUGCCCUCAAGUGGGAGUUAAUCCGUGGCGACGAUGGCACUGUUGGUGACUCGCUGACCCUUCUUAAGCCGUCUCAUGUUGCCGGUGGUAAGAAGUUUCACUCUUAAGCUGUGUUGUGCAAUUGGAAACUAUUUCAACGGCUGAUGACAAGUCCGAUUGAUGUGGAAUGAGAUCCGAAUGUCUGGAAUGUAAUCAUGAUGGAAAAAUGUGGGCAUGUACAUGACAAAAGUACUUAGUAUAUAAUGAAUGGCUUGGAUUAAUGCAUCGUCCUGAAGUAGUCUUUUGCUGUCUACUGAGCGAUGCGAUUGCCAGGUAUGGGAGGAGCG